AGUGGGAUAUUUAAAGCAAGAGGCUAGAGUGUAUCUACAACUUUUCAAGCUAUCGCAGAUCAUCGGAGCCACAGAAGAGAGACAAUGAGUCAGGUUUCCUUCGUCUUUUUUCUAACUGUCAGUUUCGUGAUCGCUGCUGUCGUAAGUGGUUAUAGCCUGUACAAUUACGACCGAUAUUGGAGGAAACCGUACGACCGUUACGACUACGGGUACGAACGUUACUACGAUUCGCCGUAUCCACUACGAUGGAAUCGACCAUACUGCAUAGAUUUGUACGGCUAUCCCUGCUAUCGAUACGGGAAUUAUUAUGAUCGCUACCCGUAUUCAUGCCGUUACGGAAACAACUAUUGUCAAGAUCCUUAUUACUCUGGUUACUAUGGCUACAGGUACGACUAUGACCCGUACCGCAACUGGUACCCUCGUGGCUACAGUAAAGAAGCUGAGAAAGACGACAAAGAAGAUUAAAGAAACCUCGUGGUGACUUACUGUUGGCGGUGGUUUCCUGACUUCGGUUUCCUUGAACACCGAGUGGCAGAAGGGUCUAUUUUAUUUUAUUUUUCUCCACUUAAACUAUUGAAUCUACGGCCAAUAUACUCUGUAGAAUAUGUGAUGCUGGGAAUUUCUCUCUUAAAGAUGUAAAGAAAAACGAAAUAAAGCAUAAAAAUAACAGAUAA